CAACUCUCCUCCUCAUAACUCACAUUUCCUGCCUGUCUUAGUCACCCGAACGUGACCAGCCAGUCGAUCAAUCAGUCAGCCUUGGCACCUCCGACACUCCCUCAUGACCUUCACUGCUUGUCCCCUGGCAUCGUGACCUCUUCUUCUCAUUCCACCGACAUACAUACUAACGUUAUGGAUUGAUCUUCCUUCUCUCCGGGUCUCUCUAGCUCUCCACCAAGGGACUCUUCUACCACCACAACAAUGAACCGCAUCCGCAAACAGUUCGCUCCGCAAGUGACGUAUGAGGCAAUCCAGCAGCCUGCGGAGUCGGAUAACGAGGAUAACGAGUCUGAGGUUGGCGAUGCCGCGUCGACGGCUCCGCAGCAGGCCCCGUUCUCCGCAUAUGAGUAUGCGGUGUUCCUCCUCUUGGGGAUCUCUAUGCUAUGGGCAUGGAACAUGUUCCUCGCAGCAGCUCCAUACUUUUAUCAUCGCUUCCAGACGGACGACUGGGCAGCGACUCAUUAUCAGCCCUCGAUCCUGACCGUGUCGACGGUCACGAACCUGGGGUCGUCCUUCAUCCUGGCCAAGCUCCAGAAGGGCGCCUCCUACCCCAAGCGGACGGUCGUCUCGCUGCUGAUCAACAUCGUGGUCUUCACCCUCCUAGCCUUCUCGACAAUCUUCAUGAAAGAUGUCUCCGUGGCAACCUACUUCGCCUUCUUGAUGUUCAUGGUGUUUGGUGCCAGCCUCGCCACGGGCAUCAACCAGAAUGGCGUCUACGCGUACGUUGCCGGCUUCGGACGAGAGGAAUACACGCAGGCCAUCAUGAGCGGCCAGGGUGUGGCCGGCGUACUACCAUGUAUCGUUCAGAUCGUCUCUGUCCUCUCCGUCGCACCCAACCGGGGAGGCGGAGGCGAUAACGACAACGACCAAGACCACGGCCCUGCUUCCCCGCAGGAAUCCUCCAAAUCGGCCUUCGCGUACUUCAUCACCGCCACCGCGGUCUCCUCCCUGGCCCUCAUCGCCUUCACCUCCCUCGUCAAGCGCCGCUCCCACAUCCCCAGCCUCAGUGCUCCCAGCACCACCACCAACAGCAGCAGCAAUAACAACAACGAUGACGACGAUGACGACGACACCUCCGAAUCCAACCCCAACCCCAAAACCCGAACCAUCAGCCUCUGGACCCUGUUCAAGCGCCUUCGCUUCACCGCCCUAGCCAUGAUCCUCUGCUUCACCAUCACGAUGACCUUCCCCGUCUUCACCGCGCAGAUCGAAUCCGUCCACCGAAACGGCGAGUCAGGGUCAUCCUCGCGCCUCUUCGACGCCCCCGUCUUCAUUCCGCUAGCCUUCUUCUUCUGGAACGCCGGCGACCUCGUGGGCCGGAUGCUGGUGCUGUGGCCGCCGCUCUCGCUGGUGCACCGGCCCUGGGGGCCCGGGGCGCUGCUGGUCUUCGCCUGCGCCCGCGCCGCCUUCAUCCCGCUGUACCAGCUGUGCAACAUCCGCGGCCGCGGCGCCGUCGUGCAGAGCGAUUUCUUCUACCUGGUCGUCGUGCAGUGGCUGUUCGGCGUCUCCAACGGGUACCUGGGCAGUAACUGUAUGAUGGGCGCCGGGCAGGUCCCCGCCGAGGAGCGGGAGCCCGCUGGCGCGUUUAUGGGGUUGAUGCUGGUCGCGGGGCUGACGCUGGGGAGUCUGUUGAGCUUCCUGGCUGCGGGCGGGUGAGCGUGUUUCUCUAUGCUUGGUUGGACUUGGUGUG